AUGGCAGGGGACGGGGAGCUCAACCGCAUCAUCAAGGACCUGCAGACCGGGAGCUGCACAGCCUCUGUGCCCAGCUGGAGUUCCUCCUCCAGUUCGACCUCAAGGAGAGGAGGAGCUUCUUUGGGCAGCGCAAGGACUAUUGGGACUUCUUGUGCCAAGGCCUGGCGCAGCGUCGGCAAGAGCACGAGGGCAUUCGCUUUGUCACCUCCCUGGACAAGGGGCCGAGCCUUCCUGCGGUACUGCCUGGUGCACCGGCAGCUGGCAGAGUCCCUGCAGCUCUGCCUCCUCGACCCUGAGACCCUCUGCGAGUGGUACUACGCUCGCAGCCCCUUCCUGAGCCCCCAGCGCCGGGCAGAGAUCCUGGGCAUCCUCUACGAGCUGGACGGUGUCACCUUCCACCUGGCCCUGCACAGAGCUGACCUGGACACGGCCUGGCCCAUGUUCUCGGAGACACUGGUACGACCCAGCCCAAUGGCCAGGAGCAGCCCGGCAAAGAUGGCCCCACAGAGAGACGAUACUGGCACCGGGGUGCAUGGAUGGCCCGAUGGCAUCACCCAUCCCAUCGUGGCACCCCAUGGGGUGCCAACCCACCCGUGCCCACCCACCUUGGCUGCCCUGCAUGAGAGGGGUGUAGAGGUGAAGGAUGUGGAGGGGGAUGUGGAGGACGUGGAGCUGAAGAAAAAUGUGGAAGAAGAGGAUGAAGAGGAGGUAGAGAAGGAUGAGGACGAGGAGGAUGAGGAGGAGGUGGAGAACGUGGAAGUGGACGUGGAGGACGUGGAGGGGGAGGAUGUGGAAGAGGAGGAUGAAGAGGAGCUGGAGGAUGAGAAGGAGACGGAGGAUGUGGAUGUAGAGGAGCUGGAGGACACACAUGGCACUGGCAAAGCACCCCAGCCCGAUGGUGACGGGGAGCCUGGCACGUUCCCACUGCCCGGCAUGGGGUUUCUGCCGGGCUCCCCGCCACUGGCGCCGGGGGAGCUGGACGGGACGCAGGCGUCCCUGCAGGCACUGGUGUCCCAGCUGCAGACUGAGCUGGGGCAGCGGGAGGCGGCAUUGCGGGCGCUGGCGGCCCGGCUGGCACGAGAGCAGCGGCGGCACCAGCGGCGGGAGGAGGGCAGCGCCCGGUGGGCCCAGCUGCGGGCACGCGAGGCCGAGGCGCUGCGGGAAACCAACGCCUUCCUGGGGCAGGCGCUGGCGGCGGCGGUGGCAGCGGGGGGUCCGGGGGCACUGGCGCGGGCACAGGAGGAGGCGGCGCUGGUGGCGGCGGGAUGGACGGACGCGCUGGAGGAUGCCGGUGCCCUGGACAAGGUGGCCGCCGUGGAGGAGGUGCUGCGGCGGGCGCUGGAGCUCGCCCGCGGCCCCCAGGAGCCCCCGCUGGACCCCCAGGAGGGGGGGGAGCCCGGCACGGCCACCAGCAUGGCCAUGCACUUGGCCACCCUGGCUGCUGCGGCACGGGAAGACGCCUGGCAGGGCCGGCAGCAGCUCCAGGCCCAGCGGCAGGAGGUGGCACGGCUGCAGGAGCAGCUCAGCAGGGCCCGGCAGGAUGGUGAGCGCUGGGCAUCGGCGCUGCAGCGGGCGCAGCGGGAGGCCCUGGAGCGGGAGGCCAUGCGCGGUGCCGAACAGGCACGGCAGCAGGAGCUCAUCCGUGACAUGAAGGGGCGGCUGCUGGAGCUGCUGCGGGAGAAGGAUGCCCUGUGGCAGAAGACAGAGGGCAUCGACACCACGAUGCCCAGCCCGGCGCCCCGCGAUGCAGGGCUGUGCGCCCGCUGCCACAAGGAUUUCCGCCUCCUCUCCCGGCGGUACAACUGCAGGUGGGCUGCGGGGAGGGCACCGGAGGUGGCGCCGGCAUGGCACUGGGAUGGCACGGCUCUCACCGCCUGCUCUCUCGGCAGGCUGUGCCAGGGCAAGGUGUGCCACACGUGCUCCGUGGACGUGGGCAAGCAGGGGCGCUGCUGCCUGCUUUGCUACCAGCAAAGGCACCCGCAGGCUACAUGA